UCGUCGACUGCUCGUCGACGGACGUCCGCGAGUAGGGAGUCCUUAACGCCACACACUCGUGUUCGAUUCGAAGGGGACAGUCGUCGCGGUGACUCUCAUCAUGGGACUCUGAAAAGCCAUACUCUGCGAAACUCGAGGUCUCGAGAGCUGGAGCUCAGCUUAAUGUGUGUCUCUCGCGGUUAAGCGAUAUCGGUACGAACACUCUCGACACGGAGGAGUAAGCCCGAUGUAAAUGCAUGCUGGAAAUUCCAGGAAACUUUCUAGAAUGAACAAAGAAUAUUCCUAUUGAAUAUUGUCAAAAAGUCAUUGCGAGCAAUGAUACAAACAAAAUUUCUCGCAUCUGUAGGUGACAUUUUGUAGCUGUCAGAACAUUCGUAUGUCCUUUUGUAUCAAAUUCAGCGAUUAUCUAUUUGCAUUUUGGCAUUGAGAAAUGCCAGCACCAUCUCCGAUCUUCUCAAGCUUGCCAAAAACACCUAUGUGUGAGAAAACAGAAGUCAAUGAUGCCGAUUCUCUGCCCCCUUGGGCCAAAAUCACACUUACAUCCGCAGAGGCUGAAAUCGAAAAGCUGAUCUCGCGAAAUGAGUUGAAAGACGCAGAGGUAACUUACUUCUGUCAAGUAGAACCAAUUCUUCAAGAUGGGCCGCAGUGUGGUUUAGUCGCGCUUUCAAUGGCAUCACAAGAAUACACAAAACCAGUUUCUGUGAAUCAACUUCUCGCUGAAGCUCGUGUACGAGGAUUUACACAACAUGGAGAAGUGUACAGCGUUGAUUUCAUGGGAACAUUGGCUGCGGAAUAUUUGCCUGAUCACAAACCAGAUAUUUUAGUAGAUUUACAACAAUGUCCAGAUACGUUGACUCAUGCUUUAGCACAUGGAGCGAUGGUGCUGAUACCAUAUGAUUCUGACUUCAACCACGCUCCAUGUUUAAAAAAAGGUCAUAAAGCACAUUGGGCGUUGCUUGUAGGUCUAAUCUCUUCCAGACAAGGAUACCACGUUCUGGCACGUCACGGUAAAUCGCGUCAUCUGGCAUGUUGGCCUUUACGCGAUUUAAUUGAAAGUAAUGGCAACUUAGAGGAAGAGGGUACAGCGAGACAUGCAGGAGGAUAUGUUAUACCAAAGGGUGGCGUCGGAGGUCAAAAGGGCUUACGCGGCAGAGCACUGGCAUUACAUCCGUACAUAUAGAAUUAUGUCAAACAAAAUUGUAGGUAAUUGAUUUCACGCUAAAAGAAGAAAAUUUGCCGAUAUCUUAUAUCCACAAAUGUGCUAAAUAUUCGAAACAUAACAUUUGCAUACGCACACGGCUUCCAUAACGAUCAAUUAAUAAUUAUGUGUAAUAUGCGACACUUUAAUUAAUACACAUAUUUGAAUUCGCGCGAAAUAUUUUACAUAAAUGUUAGUCAUGAUAUCUAUACCAAAAAGCGGCAUCGGCAUCGGCAUCGAUACAAUGCAAUUUUAAGUGGCAUUACUUUCGUUUCAUUCUGGAAUUUAUACGAUGUAAAUAAGAAUUCCGGCAGGCCGAAAUAUGUGCACGCAAAUUAUAAAUACAUACAGACAACUGUUUCUUGAUAAUAUUAUAUCUUAUUAGAUUGAAAUGCAAAAGUGUACGCAUGCAUAGUAAGGCAAAAAUAAGACACAUAAAAAUGUUCAUAUAAUUAAAUAUAUAUGCAUAAUGUGUGUGCAUGCGUGCGUGUGCGUAUGUGUGUUUGUAUGUGUGUGUGCGUGUGUGUGUGGGUGUGGACGUGGGCGUGUAUGUAUGUACUUGUGUGUAGCAAGUUGUUAUCGAAAGUGAUAAUUCAGAAGAGAAGAUCUGUAAUUAUAUUUCUUUAGAUAGAAAAUGUGUAGGUUUUCGGCAACAAUUGUGGUUUCAGUCUUAUGUUAAUGCAAUAAAUAAAGAGUAAAUCUAUUAUAUCAAUAAUUUUUUGCUAAAAUACAUUUUAAUUAUAAUAAAUAAUGCUGUAUCAUGCUGUAUAAUGA